CCGGCGCCGGGCGCGGGGGCGCGGGCCAGCCAUGGGCGGCAGCCUGCGUGUGGCUGUUCUGGGUGCUCCGGGAGUGGGCAAGACUGCCAUCAUCCGCCAGUUCCUGUUCGGUGACUAUCCCGAGCGCCACCGGCCCACAGACGGUCCCCGCCUCUACCGGCCCGCCGUGCUGCUCGACGGCGCUGUCUACGACCUGAGUAUCCGCGAUGGUGACGUCGCUAGCCCCGGCUCGAGCCCCAGAAGUCUCGAGGAGUGGCCAGACCCUAAAGACUGGAGCUUGCAGGACACAGACGCCUUCGUGCUGGUCUACGACAUCUGCAGCCCGGACAGUUUCGAUUAUGUGAAAGCCCUGAGGCAGCGCAUAGCGGAAAACAGGCCGGCGGGCGCACCAGAGGCACCCAUCCUCGUGGUAGGCAACAAGCGGGAUCGUCAGCGGCUGCGCUUCGGACCUCGUCGUGCACUGGCCACCCUAGUACGCAGGGGCUGGCGCUGCGGCUACCUCGAGUGCUCAGCCAAAUACAACUGGCACGUGCUGCGUCUCUUCCGAGAGCUUCUGCGUUGUGCUCUGGUGCGUACACGUCCUGCGCAUCCGGCCCUGCGCCUGCAGGGGGCGCUGCAUCCAGCGCGCUGCAGUCUCAUGUGACCAAAACGGACAGGGAAAUCUCCUAAAAGCAGGCUCCCACCCAGUCUCCAGGCCGACAGGCUUUUCUUUGAACUUGAUUGGACCCAGCCAACUCCCAAUCAUUGGACAAGUUCAGUUUUAUCUGAGACCUUAUUGGGUCACAAUCACAGAUGGAAAGGACCUGAAUAUGUACGGGAUUGGAAGCAUUCACACAGCUCCUGGCGCUUUACUGGAAACACCUUUUGUUUUUGGGACAGGGUCUCACUUCUAUAGGCUUGACUGGCAUUAAACUACAAAGAUCCACCUGCCUCUGCCUCUCCAGUGCUGGACUGGUUACUGGAGACACUUUUUAAGUCAUGCCUUACCAGGUAAUAAAAAACAACUUAA